UCUGGGGCUGGGCGUCAUCUCCUUUCUGAUUUUAAGUAGUUCUGUCCAUGAGCACUGACUUCCAGGUGGUCAUUAAGGGAAUCGAGUGCUCCCCACGCUGGAGACAAGGAAGGAUGACAGCUUCUGAGAGCUACUGGUGACAGCUCGGAGGCCCCUAUCCCGUUCAAAAUGCCUUUUAAAGCGUUCGAUACCUUCAGAGAGAAAAUUCUGAAACCUGGCAAGGAAGGCGUGAAGAAUGCUGUAGGAGAUUCACUGGGCAUUUUACAAAGAAAACUUGAUGGGACCAACGAGGAAGAAGACAACAUAGAGCUGAACGAGGAGGGGAGGCCCGUGCAGGCGUCCAGGCCGGCCCGCCCGCUCUGUGACUGCCCCUGCUGCGGGGUCCCGAAGCGCUACAUCAUCGCCAUCAUGAGUGGGCUGGGCUUCUGCAUUUCCUUCGGGAUUCGGUGCAACCUUGGCGUGGCCAUCGUGGAAAUGGUCAACAACAGCACUGUCUAUGUAGAUGGGAAACCAGAAAUUCAGACAGCACAGUUUAACUGGGAUCCAGAGACAGUGGGCCUUAUCCAUGGAUCUUUUUUCUGGGGCUAUAUUGUGACGCAAAUCCCAGGUGGUUUCAUUUCAAACAAGUUUGCUGCUAACAGGGUCUUUGGAGCCGCCAUCUUCUUAACAUCGACUUUGAACAUGUUCAUUCCUUCUGCAGCCAGAGUGCAUUACGGCUGCGUCAUGGGCGUGAGGAUUUUGCAAGGGCUAGUGGAGGGUGUGACUUACCCAGCCUGCCAUGGGAUGUGGAGCAAGUGGGCGCCACCCUUAGAGAGAAGCCGGCUGGCCACGACUUCUUUCUGUGGGUCCUACGCGGGAGCUGUGGUUGCCAUGCCCCUGGCUGGGGUAUUGGUGCAGUACAUUGGCUGGGCCUCGGUCUUUUAUAUUUAUGGUAUGUUUGGGAUUAUUUGGUACAUGUUUUGGCUGUUGCAGGCCUAUGAGUGCCCGGCAGCCCACCCGACAAUAUCUAAUGAGGAGAAGACUUAUAUUGAGACAAGUAUAGGUGAAGGAGCCAACUUGGUUAGUCCAAGUAAAUUUAAUACACCGUGGAAAAGAUUUUUCACCUCGUUGCCAGUGUACGCAAUCAUUGUGGCAAAUUUUUGCAGAAGCUGGACCUUUUAUUUGCUGUUAAUAAGUCAGCCUGCUUAUUUUGAAGAGGUCUUUGGAUUUGCAAUAAGUAAGGUGGGUCUCUUGUCAGCAGUCCCACACAUGGUGAUGACAAUUGUUGUGCCUAUCGGAGGACAACUGGCUGAUUAUUUAAGAAGCAGAAAAAUUUUGACCACUACUGCUGUCAGAAAGAUCAUGAACUGUGGAGGUUUUGGCAUGGAGGCAACAUUGCUCCUGGUGGUUGGCUUUUCCCAUACCAAAGGGGUGGCGAUCUCCUUUCUGGUGCUUGCUGUAGGAUUCAGCGGCUUUGCUAUUUCAGGUUUCAAUGUCAACCACCUGGACAUUGCCCCUCGCUAUGCCAGCAUUCUCAUGGGCAUCUCCAAUGGAGUGGGAACCCUCUCUGGAAUGGUCUGUCCCCUCAUUGUCGGUGCAAUGACGAGGCACAAGACCCGCGAGGAAUGGCAGAAUGUAUUCCUCAUAGCUGCCCUGGUGCACUACAGUGGGGUGAUCUUCUAUGGGGUCUUUGCUUCUGGAGAGAAGCAGGAGUGGGCUGACCCAGAGAAUCUUUCAGAGGAGAAGUGUGGAAUCAUUGACCAGGAUGAGCUAGCCGAGGAGACAGAACUCAACCACGAGACUUGCGUGAGUCCCAGAAAGAAGCUGUCCUAUGGGGCCACCACUCAGAACUGCACAGUCCAGAGGGAGGCGUGGAGAAUGCAGACAGCAGCAGCCCUGGAGGAGGAAGAGCCUCCGUCCUACCACAACGCAGAGGGAAACCUUUCAGAUACACCCUAAUGUCUGCUUCUGUCUCCUCCUCACCUUAGAACCAGAAAGUAUCCAUACCUAUUGCUUCCCCCAUAGCCUGGCUCACCAGGGGGCCAAACAUGUGGACAUUGGAGGGAGGAGGGGAGGGGACAAGAUCAGUCCAGCAUCAGAGAAAAAGGAAACAGUAUCUUGCAAUGACACUAGUGUGAUGCUUGCCCUCAGUUGAAAAAACAGUUGAUCAUAAUUAUUUUUUUCUGGAUUGGCAGUUGGUCUUUCUCUCAAAGAACUGAGCUUAGUCAGAAAAUGAGCAGAAGAAUAAGAAAGGCAAUACCGUGUUGUUCAAAGAAAUAUUGAAGGAAAUGGGGGUACUAACUGGGCAGGAGGACAGGAGAUGGUAGGGGCCGCCACAUCAGCCGUGUGGAGGAAGGUUUUCUGUUUCUAAUAAAGGCCCCCACCCGCGGAGGCCCUCUGUUGUGCCAGGUGCUUUAUAAACAUUCAUAUUUAAUCUCCGCAACCCCAGAGCACACAUUUAUUAUCCUCAUUUUACAACUGAAAGAUUAACUUGCCCAAGGUCGUUCUGCCAGAGCUGCUGCUGAGGUGGGUGAAGCCCCGAAUAACUGGUGGUUUAGGAAAGAGAGCUUCAGCUCAGUGUAAAGAACACCUUUUUUAAAUCAAGAAAACUGAAGAUGGAAUGAGUUGUCUUGGAGGUAAUGUGCUAUUUGGGCAGGGGUCGGGGUGGGAAACAUUCAGGCUGAUUGGCUGAGGGAAAUUAAACAUUUCUUAUAUGAGGUUCUGGAUUCAAAGACCCUUAGCAUUUUAUAUUGCUGGAAGAGUCAGUGAUUCUGUAAAUUCACAGUUUUGUGGUUUUUUUUUAUUUUAAUAAUAAGGAUCACAGACUACAUGAGAGGUUCAAAUAGAUUUAAAAGAAAAAAGGAGCUAAGCAAGAUAGCCAGAUUUCUAAGAAUCCAAUGAUCAGAAUGGUUGAAAAGAAGUAAAAAAGGAUUGGUUAUUAAAUUUCAA